UCGCCAACCCUUUGCGACUCGUCUUCUCAUUCUCUCUCUUCCCAAUUUCUUGCAAUCUUCGCCCCCCAUCUCUAAAUUCAAUUACGCUGUACGCCUUUGACCUUUGAAUUUUUCUCUCUUAUUUCCCAAAUUAUAAUGUGAAAAAUAUGAUGAUUUGGCAACCAGGAAAUAAAACUCUUUCAUCCUCCUCUCUUCUUUCAAGAAAAAAGCCUUUGCCGUUGAAUAUCCAAUGCAAAUCAUUUAAUACUGUAGCUUAUAUUUGCUUUAUUCUUUGUGUUGUUGUGUCAUCAAUAUUUAUUACUGGGUAAUUUUUCAGUUCAAACAACUUAGACAAUUUAUUAUAACACGGAGAUCUCUUAUAUUUUACUGGUAGUUUUGAUUCUCAGUACAAGUUGUUAGUAUUGUGAAUUUAUUUUUUUAUUUCAAUUUUUGGCGAUUUUGGUUAAGAUCAGUUUCUGGAUAUUGCUUUGAUUUCCGAGUUCUGGUGAUUUUUUUGACUGGGAUUAGCAUCUGGGAAAAGAAAAAUUCACAUGUAUGUUUUGAUUUUUGAUUGCGAGCUGCUGAAGGGUUCUUGGAUCUCUAGAUCAUGUCCCAACAGCGCCCUAUAUUGAUUCCUUCACCACGAACCCCCGGUAAAUAAGAACUACCAUAUACCCCUAUUUCGUUGAAACCAAUUUCCGAGAACCCUAAACCUUUUUCUGGGAUGGAUUUAAAUUUGAAUUCCCAGUUCGAAAGUGGAAAUUCUCCACUUCCGGAUUUUAUCCGAAAUUCCUCAUCCCAGCGAAGUACUUCGUCAAUCCAAUCGAUUUAUUCAAAGGCCUCUGGCGGGCAUGCUGUUAGGGAGGUUGGCUUUGAACUGGGAUCAAAGCCUUCCGUGAGGCACGGGUCAAGGGGAGCUGAUUCCGAAAGGUUUAGCUCCUCCUAUAAAGAGAUUAAUGAUCAGGAUGCAAGGUUGGUUUAUAUAAAUGAUCCUGAGAAAACGAAUGGGAAGUUUGAAUUUGCCAGGAACUCGAUCAGAACUGGGAAAUAUUCUAUCUUGACGUUCUUGCCCCGUAAUUUGUUUGAGCAGUUCCAUAGAGUUGCCUACAUAUACUUUCUUGCAAUCGCCAUCCUCAAUCAGCUUCCCCAGCUGGCUGUUUUCGGUCGUGGAGCUUCAAUUUUGCCGUUAGCAAUCGUGCUAUUUGUUACAGCUGUUAAGGAUGCGUAUGAGGACUUUAGAAGGCAUCGUUCAGACAAGAUUGAGAACAACCGAUUGGCGUGGGUUUUUGUGAAUGAUCAGUUCCAACAGAAGAAAUGGAAAGAUUUACGUGUUGGGGAGAUCAUUAAAGUUUCUGCAAAUGAGAGUCUUCCUAGUGAUAUGGUGCUGCUGUCUACGAGUGACACUACUGGCGUUGCUUAUAUCCAGACGACUAAUUUGGAUGGAGAAUCAAAUCUGAAGACUCGGUAUGCAAAGCAGGAGACCCAAAUGAAAAACCCCGAGAAGGAAAAGAUAAGUGGAUUGAUCAAGUGUGAGAAGCCCAACAGGAACAUUUAUGGUUUCCAGGCAAACAUGGAAAUUGAUGGAAAGCGUGUUUCCCUUGGACCGUCGAACAUUAUCCUUCGUGGUUGUGAGCUUAAGAACACUAACUGGGCACUUGGGAUUGCUGUUUAUGCUGGUCGAGAGACAAAAGCGAUGCUCAACAACUCUGGAGCUCCAUCCAAACGAAGCCGCCUCGAGACAAAGAUGAACCAGGAGAUUAUUUACCUCUCUAUAUUUCUUGUAAUACUGUGUACAAUAGUUUCUGUCUGUCAUGGUGUUUGGUUGAGGCUACACAAGGAUGAUUUGGUUCUAAUGCAAUUUUACAGGAAAAAGGACUAUUCGAAACCUAAAGUUAAGGAUUAUAAUUAUUAUGGUUGGGGUAUGGAGAUAUUCUUCGUAUUCCUCAUGUCAGUUAUUGUGUUCCAGAUCAUGAUUCCCAUAUCAUUGUACAUAUCCAUGGAACUUGUUCGUGUUGGUCAGGCUUACUUUAUGAUCAGAGAUAAUAGGAUGUUGGAUGAGGCCUCCAAUUCAAGAUUUCAAUGUAGGGCUUUGAAUAUAAAUGAAGACUUGGGGCAGAUAAAAUAUGUUUUCUCUGAUAAAACUGGUACACUGACUGAGAACAAGAUGGAAUUUCAUUGUGCAAGCAUAGGAGGUGUAGACUACAGUGGUGGGAAGGCGUUGGCUGAAGAUGAACAGACUGGCUACUUGGCUAGAGUUGACGGGCAGGUUUUCAGGCCAAAGAUGAAGGUAAAGGUGGAUCCGGAGCUUCUCAGUUUAUCAAAACAAAAACACACAGAUGAAGGCAGACAUGUUCACGAUUUUUUCAUAGCAUUGGCAGCUUGCAAUACAAUUGUGCCUCUGACUGUGGAGACAUCUGAUCCUGCUCUGAAGUUGAUAGAUUAUCAGGGAGAGUCUCCAGAUGAACAGGCAUUGGUCUAUGCAGCUGCAGCUUAUGGUUUUAUGCUUACUGAACGAACUUCAGGUCAUAUAGUUAUUGACAUUCAAGGGGAAAAGCAAAGGUACAAUGUCUUGGGUUUGCACGAGUUUGAUAGUGACAGGAAGAGGAUGUCAGUCAUACUAGGAUGCCCUGACAAUACGUUUAAGGUAUUCGUUAAAGGUGCUGAUACAACCAUGUUUAGUGUGAUUGAUCAGUCCUUGAACUCGAAUAUUGUGAAGGCAACUGAAGACCACCUUCACUUCUAUUCCUCAAAGGGUUUGAGAACACUUGUUGUUGGAAUGCGGGACUUGAGUGCAUCUGAAUUUGAACAAUGGCAAUCAUCUUACGAGAAAGCAAGCACUGCCUUGAUGGGGAGGGCAUCUUUACUCCGUAAGGUUGCUUACAACAUAGAAAACUCCCUUUGCAUAUUAGGUGCAUCUGCGAUUGAAGAUAAAUUGCAGCAAGGAGUUCCAGAAGCAAUUGAGUCCUUGAGAAAUGCUGGUAUCAAGGUUUGGGUUUUGACUGGGGACAAGCAAGAAACAGCUAUUUCAAUUGGCCACUCCUCUAAGCUCCUGACAAGUAAGAUGACCCAGAUUGUAGUCAACAACAUCUCUAAGGAGUCAUGCAAGAAGAGCCUAGAAGAUGCUUUGUUAAUGUGUAAGAAGCUUACUAUUGCUUCUGACGAUACGGGAGGAGGUUCUGGAGCUAGAUUGACAGAAAUUGCAUUAAUUAUUGAUGGUACAAGCCUUGUUCACAUUCUUGACACUGAACUUGAAGAACAGCUUUUUGAAGUAGCCAGCAAAUGUACUGUGGUAUUGUGUUGUCGAGUAGCUCCAUUGCAAAAGGCUGGAAUUGUUGCCCUGAUGAAAAACAGAGCUAAUGAGAUGACUCUUGCUAUUGGUGAUGGUGCAAAUGAUGUUUCAAUGAUCCAGAUGGCUGAUGUUGGUAUUGGCAUCAGUGGACAAGAGGGUAGGCAAGCUGUCAUGGCAUCAGAUUUCGCAAUGGGUCAAUUUAGAUUUUUGGUCCCAUUAUUAUUGGUACAUGGACAUUGGAAUUAUCAGCGGAUGAGUUACAUGAUAUUGUACAACUUCUACAGGAAUUCAGUUUUCGUUCUUGUAUUAUUUUGGUACACUCUCUUUACAAGUUUCACAUUGACAACUGCUAUCACCGAUUGGAGCAGUAUGUUAUAUUCAGUAAUCUACACCUCGUUUCCUACUAUUGUUGUCGGGAUCCUUGAUAAGGAUUUAAGUAGAACAACUCUGCUGAGGUAUCCACAACUUUAUGGGACAGGGCAAAGGCAAGAAAGCUACAACGCAAAAUUAUUCUGGGUAACAAUUUUGGACACGUUGUGGCAAAGCAUAGCAGCUUUCUUUGUACCUCUGAUUGCAUAUUGGGGAAGCGAUGUUGAUGGUUCGAGCAUUGGAGAUCUUUGGACAAUUGCAGUGGUAAUUAUGGUUAAUUUACAUUUGGCCAUGGACGUCUUUCGCUGGUAUUGGAUUACUCAUGCGGCCAUCUGGGGAUCAAUUGUUGCUACUUUCAUUUGCGUCAUGGUUAUCGAUGCUCUUCCUUUCCUACCUGGUUACUGGGCAUUCUUUCAUAUUGCUGGGACUGAAUUGUUCUGGGCAUGCUUGCUUGGUAUCACAAUAGCGGCACUAGUUCCUCGAUUUGUUGUAAAAAUCUUAAUUCAGUAUUUCGGACCUGACGACAUUCAGAUAGCAAGAGAGGCAGAGAAAGUCGAAAAUUCAAGGGAGUCUCGAGAUGCUGAGAUUGAGAUGAACCCAAUUUUCCAUCCACCUCGGAGAUAACUAGUUUUAAUUAUCCAUUCUUGUAUUUUUCACUUCAUUUGUAAAAUGUGUCCCAUUCUUUAUCUGUCUACAGAAAUUUUCUUAGACUCGCUAGGUUGUUUUUGUUUACUACCAUGAAAGGAUUGAAAGAUGUAAAGGUUCUACUACAUAAAGUCAGCAAUUGUACAUUAUUUGUUUCUGUGUUGAUGAUAAUAUAUACAACCCUUCACCAA